CCCGGGGCUGCCGUCGCGACGAAUCUGGCUGCAGUUUUCUUGAGGGAAGGGGCCGACCGUUGAAAAUGUGGGACCAACGAAUGGAAGAAAGAAAGGGGGGAAAACGGGAGGGGGAAGGAACAGUUGAGGAAGGGGAAAUGUGAGGGGAUAUUCCCAUCCCCCCCACCGUUUUGGACCCAACCACACACCGCGGAGAGGCUUGGGAGAAGAUUCCGUUGGGUGAAUCCAUUAUUUUCUAAGGGGAGGGCAAAAAGGGGCGUGCUGGUUUUGGUUCAUUUCUCUUUGGAGGCUCGCUGUUGGGGGCGUGGCUCGUCUGUGUGGGCGUGGCCCUCCGGCCUAACCCAUUCUCCGAAAAGCCUGCUAUUUACGGGGCGUGGCCAGAGCGUCGAGGGGGCGUGGCCCGUCCGAUUGGUCCAUUACCCCACCCAUCUUUCAUCAAAGGUCUUUUUUCUUAGAGAGUGUCGAAGCUCUCCGACUGGGUCCGUGUCCCCCUUAUAUGGGAGGGAAAAUAGAGUUCAGCCUGGUGCCACUACAGUACUAAACAACAACACUAAUUGCCAAAAUAAUUUUUAUGUCCAUUUGAACCAAUAAUUCACAUAACAUUAUCUAUGUCCACCUGGGUUUCGCUUUUAUAUUACCAAUACUGUAUAUGACUUGAUUUCUUUAUAAACUGCCACCCAUUUACAUAGAUCUACUAGCUGUGGGGUGUAGCGGUUGCCAAUAAUAAACAUAUGCAAAACAGUAGUUAUUUAUUUAAGCAGAAUUUGUAUGAUAUAGCACCAUCUAGGUGAGCUUGAACUUUGGUUUCUAUUUUAUGUAUUAUUAAUAUAUAAUGUCCGGGCUCAAGUAACAUAUGACCUGUAGCUGUUGCAAUUUUCUUCAUCCCAGGAAUGGCAGCUGAUCUGACAAGUGUCUACAGCUUGCUUUGAGUCAGUCCUCCAAGCAAGGGGCCUGACAAUGGUCAGAAAUCCAUCCUUUAGGAGGAAGCUGCAAGAAAUGUAGUACACUCCAGCUUAGCUUGCACGCUGUUGAGAGAAAGGCCUCCAAUUGUGCAUCUUGUCUUCCCUGCCAAGAGUCUUAUGGAAUACAGGCGUAAUACAUGGUAAUAAUUCAGACUCGUAUUUCAAAAUUUCUCAGAUGGCACUCCCAGAUCUGGAGUAUGAGACCUUAUCACUGUCCUCUUCCAGAUAGGGGUUCAAAGAAUCCUCUCUCCAUUUCUGGCGGAUUUGAGGGAGGGGACAGUGAGACUUCAGACCCAUGAUCCUGACUCAAGGGUUGAAGGAGGUCAGCUGGCUGGAUGAGAACACUCCAUGCUCCUUUCUUUGAUAGUUGGCAUAUUUCUUGGAGGUGGAAGCUGAUAAAAACACCAUCCUCCUCUGAAGAUGGAUUUGUGUGGAUAUGCGUGCGCGCGCACACACAUAUUUAAAUGAAAAUACUGAAAGUAACUUUUGUUCCCAAGGAGAAAACAGACACACACACCCAAAGAUCUUGUUUGCUUUUUUUUUCUUUUUUAAACCAAAGGUGAUGUUGCAUUUCAUAGAGUCAGUUCUUGUUGCUGAAAUGUUUUGAAAGCUUUUUUUUUGCAAGCCAUUUACAUUUUCAGGAUCUAUUCUUUCUUUUGGAACCAAAGAAUGCCCUUCUGAGCCUGUUCGAUUCUGCUUCCUUGUGGAUGGCGAGAGGUGUCUGUCCACUGCCCUUUUUAUGUUGUACUACUAGUGAACGUGCACAAAAAGCAGUGCAAUGUUAAAAGGGCAUUGGCCAGCGAUGCUCAGUCAGCUAAAGUGACAACUUGAAGUAUGGAAUCUUUUGUAUGUCUGUGUGUCUGUCUGAAACAGGGACGGGGAGACUCCUUUUUAUAGCUGGAAUUUUAAAAUUGAUGUAUUGAUAUGUGCACCCAGCUAUAACGUGCAUAAAUAACAGCCUCAUGCAGUUACUAGCUUUCCACUGCAAUUCUUCAAUGGUGCAUCAGCACCCAGUCACAAAAGAGCCAAAUUCUUUCUCCCUUGAUCUGGACUGCUCAAAAUGAGGUGAGAUCAAAUUAACAUCGGCUGUGAAUGAGUUGCAAACAGCCUGCUGGAAAGAGGUAGGUGUGUGUUGAGAGUCAUGAUUUAGUUUGGAGCCCUUUUUAAAAGAAGGAGAAACUGUUUACCUUUUUCUUAUUGUGAAGUUCAUUUAUAAAUUCAAAGUUCAGUAGCCUAUUCGUUGUUCUGAAGGGGCUUCUUGCAACGCAUCUUGUGCAGAACAUCUCUCCAAAGCACCUUGCUGCUGACAAGGGCUCUGACUUCAUUGCACUACUGUACUUCUCGAUGAGCAGUGCAAUAGUAUUGUCAAAGCACUUGUGGGCAGAACCCUCAGCAGUGGCCUUGUGGCUUCUCACUGUUUCUCCAAAGCCUACGUAAGUGAAUCGUGCAGAGGGGGCUGGAAAGAUUUUGUGUUUGGUUUUAUGACUAUGCAGCAGGCCUGCAAACUUUAGCCGGAGACUUAGUGAACAAAGGCUCUGGCUAGCGAGUGGAUUUGCUGGAGGGCAGCUUUGAGAAGGGAAUGGAGGAAUGUUCAACCACCAUAAAAAUGGGAUGUUGUCCAGUAACCAUAAAUUAUGUUUAUUCUCACUUUGGUUAGGUUGGGUUGGUGGGAUUUGUUUUAGUCCAGUGUGUUUUGCCAGUCACUUGAUAGGGAAGGAGACACAGUUCACUGGUAGAGCAUCUGCUCUGCAUGUAGAAGGUCCCAGCUUCAAUCCCUGGCACCCCUAGGUAGGGCUGGGAGAGAAUCCUGACUGGAGACUUUGAGAGGUGCUGCCAGUCAGUGUAGACAAUACUGAGCUAGAUAGAUCAGCAGUCUGACUGUAUAAAGAAGCUUCCUGUGUUCCUAUUACCUCCUUAAAACUGACUCUUUGGCUAAUUGAUGGAGCUGUGGGUUAAGGGCACAACUAUCUUUGAGGGUUUUUUAAAAGUCUAUAUUGAUUCUGGCAUGUUGCCGUAAUAGGAGAUGUAGAAGAAUAUUGGAUGGCCUUUAAUUUCCUUUUAAUUAGGAAUGGCACCUUUUGAUAGUUGAAACCGCAGCUUUUGCUUAUUAAAUUGCCAGUUUUAUUGCACGUCCUUCAGCAUCUCAAAGGUACUGGAGCUGCUGGCAAGAUGCACGUUUUAUUUAAAGAUUUUUUUAAAAUUUGUUGACAGCCCUAGUAACUAGGUACUGUAUCACUUUGUGAGGUCAGCCUGCCUGCUGCAUGAUACAGCAAGCUUGAGAUCACUGAGAAAUGGCACUGGUUUUAUUUAUUUUGCUGCUGGAAAGAGGCUUCUUUUCUCUUAUUAUGUGCAGCUUGCUGGAAAUUUGGAAUGGACAGCUAGUUUUCUGAUAGAGCAGCUCCCAGCAUGACCAUGUAAUUCCUUUAAAUGGAAUUGAAAUCUGGAAAUCUGGGUGUACGUAGCAGGGCAUGCUUACAAUUUUCAGAUGCAACCUUUUGGGCAUCGGGCAUAUCCAAGCUUUAACAUUGUGAGUUCCUUACCUGCAAUCCCUAAUUGGAUAGGUGUCAGGUAAAUAGAAAGCCAAGUACUUCUUUACACAUGGAAUUCACUUCUAUAAGAAGUUGUGAUGGCCACUGACUUGGAGGGCUUUAAAAGAGGAUUAGAUAAGUUUAUGGAAGAUAAAGCUAUCACUGGCUACUAGCCAGGAUGGCUAUGUUCACUGUCAGUGGCAAUAUGCCUCUGAGGACCAGUUGCUGGGAAUCGCAAGUGGAGAGAGUGCUGUUUCCCACUUAGGGCCUCUGGUUGUCCACCGUGAGAACAGAAUGCUGGAUGGGCCACAGGCCCGAUCCAACAGCCUGUCUCUUUUUGUGUUCUUUUACAAACUGUUGCAUGUGCUGCCUGGGAAUGGGACUUCUGCUUCCCAUCUCCUCCAUUAAGGCAGCCUGCUGGAGUGGGCUGCUUCCAGGUGACAGCUGAGGGCAUUGGAGGGGAACCCCAGUGGAGAUGGCUUUUCCAAGGGAUCUGAUGCCCUAUACCAGGCAUCCCCAAACUGUGGCCCUCCAGAUGUUUUGGACUACAAUUCCCAUCUUCCCUGACCACUGGUCAUGUUAGCUAGGGAUCAUGGGAGUUGUAGGCCAAAACAUCUGGAGGGCCACAGUUUGGGGAUGCCUGCCCUAUACAGUACUGUAACUGCAUAGUCUCCUUUGAGGGUGAAUGCGUGGCGUGCUGCCCUCUUGUGCCCAAAGUCAGGAAACGCAGGUCUUUGUCUUAUUUAGACAUCCCUCCUCCAGCCUUCUCUCCUGCAGGGAAGUUCAUUCUUUUGGUUUAAUUUUUUCUUUUCUUUUAUCAUGUUAAAAUACGUAAGCACCUGUUGGCCUCUAAGUAGGAAGCCUUUAAUUACUAGCUAGCCCCAACUUUUAAUAUGGAGGCCAAUCUGUAUGGCAAGAUAACAUUUCCAGGGUCUGGAUGGCUAAAUCUGGCAAAUAAUAAAGUCCCUUCCCAAAGCGAUGUUUUUCCUCUGAAGAUAUUCCUUGGGAUGUUUCUGUGAACAGGGUGUGCAGCUGCGAUUCCCAUAAGCCUUUAAUAGCUCCUUUAAGGAACUGAUUAUCGUUAAUUAAGUAAUGCCCCUGUUAUCCCACUGUCUUUCUCAGUUCCCUGGUGGCUCAGUUAUCAUGAACAGAGGGGAAUGGUAACAUUGUAAGCUUGAUUAUCUGUUCAUCAGCCUUGUUUAUCGAAUUCCUGGCAAGAGGAACUAUCAAGAGGAUGAAUUUUGCAGGGUAAUUAUGUGGGAGAGAGACUACAUAACCCAGAUUUGGCAGCCCAUAAGCAGAUCUCCCUUUGUGUACAGAGCUCAUGCUAGUACAGUGGUACCUUGGUAGUUGAACGGCUUGGCUCCCAAACGCCGCAAACCUGGAAGGGUUUCAGUUUGCGAACGUCUUUUGGAAGCCAAAUGUCCGACAUGGCUUCUGCUUGAGUGCAGGAAGCUCCUGCAGCCAAUCAGAAGCCAUGCCUUGGUUUUUGAACCGUUUUGGGAGUCAGAAAUGGAUUAAAUUCGAGAACCAAGGUAACACUGUAUAUUAUACCAUGCAUAUAUAUGUGUUAUGAGAACUCCUUUUGGCCCAAGGAAUGAAAUGAUCACACUUCGUUCUCUCAAAUUCCUUCUCAAAAAAGAGAGAGUCGGUUUGGUGGCCUGGGACAUCAGCAUUUAUAUUCUUGCUCAGUCAUGAAACACUGGGUGACCUUGGGGCAGUUACAGUCUCUUAACCUACUCCACUACUGGGUGGGGAAUGGGAAGGAAGAGAACCAUAUAUGCCACCUUGAGCUCCUUGGAGGAAAGGUGGGGUAGAAAUGUGAUAAUAAAAACUUGCCUCUUUGCAUACCUUCAGGGCAGCUAAGAACAUUGAAAAUGAUCUUCUGUUGAGUCGGUCCAUUAUUCCAUCCCAUCAUUUGAUUGCUGCCUUUCACAGUUAAGCCAAGCUCAAGCUGGCUUACAGCACCUAGCCUUGUAUUUUUUGUGCCAGGGAAGGUGGCCCUGUGCUGGAUCAAGGGGAAAGUGUCAUAGAUGCCAUUUGGAAGUGGUUGGAUGAAGGAGAACUACCUGCCUUUGAAGUUCCAGAAGGCCGAAUCCGACCUUAAUUACAUUCAGGCAAUGCUGGAGUUUGAAAUGGUGAAAGGGCAUGCUGACGGACUGUCUAAAGAGGAGAAUCCUCUGGUUGUCAUACAGCAGCUGUCACAGGUGAAGUCUCGCUACAAAAUGUUGUGUGAGCAGCUAGAAAGGAUUUCUACCGAGCGGCGGGAGUCCAUGCGGUCAAUCCGUGCUACUCUGGCCAAAACAGUGAAGCUGGUUCAGGAAAUACAGCACCACACUGGAAUGGAGGUCUCACCUCCAUCUGAAGAAGAAGAACUUGCAAUGCAGCACUUAAUGUACCAGACUCCUCAAGUAACAGAUACCCCAGAAAAACAGAAUUGUCCCAAAGAGCAUGAAGCCCACUGAUCCCAGGCAAAAAUUCCAAAAAUAGCUUGUAUGUGAGGGCACUUAUCAGAGUUGGAAGUUGAACACUGAGGCUAUACUUGUCUGGAUUGCUUGUGUUUUCUUUUUAAUAUCGGCACCCAACUUUCUUGUACAUACUUCCUAAAUUGUUGUCAGAUGAACCAUGACUUGAACAUUUUGUGUUGGUGAUGUUGUUGGUGUUGUGAUGGGGUUGAUAUUGUAACGUUCCAAAGGUGCUUUCAACCAGAGCUUGUGGUUCUCUGGAUGCUAUUGGACUAUAACUCCCAUCAUCCCUCACCAUUGGCCAUGCUGGCUGCUGGGAGUUGGAGUCCUACAACAUCUGGCAGGCAUCCGUAGUCUUGCUCUGCGUUAAUUCAGUCUGCUGCUUACACUAUGCAAUGAAUGGAAGCUGUUUUUGAUACAUUGUACUGCCACCUUUCUCCUUAAUGUGGAUCUUUUGGUAUAUUCAAAGCCAUAGCUGUACCUUUGAAACAGUAGCCAACAGUAGCCAGUAUUAUAUUGUUAAGGUAUAAGAACAUGGCUCCCCAAAUGUGAGUUUUGAUGUAUCUUAUUUUUUCUUUUCUAAGCUUUUAAUUGUUCAUUUUUGUAUCUUUCUGUCUUUUGUUGUUUUUCUAUGUAAUGUUUAGAAAACCAAUAAAAAUAUUUUUUAAAAAAUACAAAGGCAAAAAAAAGAAAAAAAGAAACAGUAGCCAAAUUGAUAAAUUGUGCUUAAAGUUUUAUUGUUGUUGUUGUUGUUUGAAUACUUAGAAACAAUAAAGAUAUAUGUAUGACAACACAAAGAGUCGGCAUCCUUUUUAAAUCUUGUGGUUUAUUCACCUUUUUUCCCUAGUGUGUCUUUCACCUUCAGUUAACUCCAGAACUAUUGUGCCUUUGGCUAAUCUGUUUUAUGGCUAGAAUAAGCCAAAUCUUAAUGGCUGUGUGAAGCUUCAGUUAGUAAACUUGGGGUGACAGC